AUGAGGUGGAUGAACCGAUUGCACCAUGCACUUCAGGGGCUCCAGCUGAGAAGAAGUCCAUCUUUCGAGGAUCUGCCUUUUCAGCCUUGCGCUUUUCUGCUGCAACACCUGGGACGGAGAGAUCUUUCGGAUGCAGGGAGUGGACGGCGGUCAUGGCUGUCUUUGAUGCCCUCUGCGUCCUGCACAAUCUUUGAAGAUGCAACAGAGCGACGGUGUAACUUUGAGAUGAACCCAGGGCUUCUCGCUGGCGCUUGCGUUCACUUGGAUCCAGGUCCUCAAUGGAGGUCCAACUUGCGCUUGCACUCCGGCGUCACACCAGUGGAAGAAGGGGCCGCUGCUGCAUCGCCGGAAUGGUCUUCAUGUGCCGAAAGCUUUGAUCCGUUUCAGCUGUUGCCUCCAGCACAUGAAUAUCCAGCUGGAGCAUGGUAUUGCAAACCAUGCGCAUCCGUGCUGUCGCAUAUGUCGACUUGCGCCGGAAAUGCUCGGCUUUCUGCAACUGUUGCUGAGCUGAUCAUGCACGUGAAGGAGACGAUACGCAUGGGGUGCCAAUGGCUUUUGCUUUCCAGAGACGCGUUCGAGGACGCUGGAUCAGCAGUCUUGGCUGGAGGAGCGGCGAAGUGCGAAGUUGGAGUGGUAUACCAGUCCCAUUGCCUGGCAGCAGCUUCCAGGAUUCCAUGUGCUGUUCACCGUUUGCGAUAG